UCAACGUGCCGCCGCAAAUUUGAUUAGAAUAAAGUAGCGCUAAACUUGGGUAGGGAGUUAUGACAACGAAAAACAACCAAUCGCUUUUAUAGCGAGCAUCGCACACUGCUUAGCAUUCGCACAGACACACACAAACACAAUCCGUUUAUACAACGGCCGGCGGCUCGCACACUUUCACAUCCUCCUCGUCCGGAUAGGGAAAGGAUACGCUGAUAGACACGGUGCUGCGGUCGCUCCAACGAAUAUUUGUUUUCCUGCUGUUGAACUUGAGGUUGAAACUGCGUCGAUAACUCUGGUGAGCGCGCGCUGCCAUCGUCAUUUUGUCUCCGAAUCUUUAAUUAGUGCCUAAAUAUCCUAAGUGCAUCAGCGCAAACAAAAAACAACCAAAAAGUGAAAGAAGUAAAAUGUCAUCGAAUUGGGGAUAUUGUACAAAUAAUGGUCCGGAGACAUGGUCCAAAAGCUAUCCAGCAGCCGGCGGAGCAAGACAAAGCCCAGUUGAUAUUUGUCCACCGGAUUUACAAAUGUUGCAAGUGAAGAAACUCUCGUGGCAGUACAUUCCCGAGAAUGAGAAGACCGUCACCAAUUCGGGACACUCAUGGGUUGUGAACGUCGAUGGCACUGGCUCUGAAUUAUGCGGUGGUCCAUUGGAUGCGCAUUAUAAACUGGAGCAGUUCCAUUGUCACUGGGGAGUUAGUGACAAUGAAGGCUCCGAGCAUACGGUGCAAGGACAAAAGUUCGCUGGCGAGUUGCAUUUGGUACACUGGAAUACUAAAUAUAGCUCAUUCCUGGAAGCUGCGAAACAUCCGGAUGGCCUAUGUGUGCUCGGUGUUUUUCUGAAGCCUGGCAGAGCAAGUAAUGAAUUGGCAAAAGUUAUCUCAAAGUUUUCGCAAAUUCAACACAAAGGUCAAAGUGCGAAGAUUGCAAGUCCGCUGGACCCAGCACACUUGAUCCCCAACGACAGCUCCUAUUGGACCUACCAAGGUUCACUGACAACUCCACCAUGCUCCGAAUGUGUUAUCUGGAUCGUCUUCAAAACACCAAUUGAGGUGUCCUCGGAGCAAUUGAAGGCUUUCCGUAACCUAAAAUCCAUCACUCCCGACGAGUCACCCGUCGAUGAACACGAAGGCUUCGUCAAAGCUAACUACAGACCCACUCUGCCACUCGGCAACCGGGUGAUCGGAGAAUGCAGACCAUGAUACUGGUUGUAACAUGAGCAUUACACUAGGUGAUGCCUCAAUGAUUGCACUCAUCGUUAAUGAAUACGCUUUAGUCUAAUAGUUUGAAUGUGGUGCUUGGGCAAAUUGAUGAAACCUGUGAACACGAUAUUGUGCAAGUGAUAAUCAGAGAAAUAUAUUUUAUAGAGGAUCUUUUCAAGACUCGAUAUACGUACUAUACUAAUAAAUCAAACGGAUGAUAAAACGAUUUGUCUAGUGAGGUUUCAAUUGUGCCUUUGAGGAUGCGAUGAGUAAAUCAUUUCGAUUCCGAUCAUGAAUUUAAUAAAUAAAGCUUUCUCUUGGAAACUCACACAUAUUGCUGUUUAUAUAAAUUUUGUAGAAUUCAUUAUGAUACAAAAAUAAAUAUUUUAAAACUA